AUGCAGGAGAAGAGCCGGCAGGCGGAGCGUGAGAAGGGACGGGGCCACUGGUUAAUGAAAGGGCUGGCCCUUGAGGGGGAAGGGCCAGCAGGCAAGAAGACCAAUGGAGAUGCAGGCAGCUACGCGGCGCCCUGGUGGGUAAGCCUUCUGCACCGGUUGCCUCACUUCGAUCUGCGGUGGGAACCUACCAGUAGCCAGUUCCGGCCCGAGGACACCGACUACCAGCAGGCCCUGCUUCUCCUGGGGGGCGCAGCCCUGGCCUGCCUUGCCCUGGACCUCCUCUUCCUGCUCUUCUACUCCUUCUGGUUAUGCUGCCGGCGGCGCAAGAGCGAGGAACACCUUGACGCCGACUGCUGCUGCACCGCCUGGUGCGUCAUCAUCGCCACGCUGGUCUGCAGCGCUGGCAUCGCAGUGGGAUUCUACGGCAAUGGGGAGACCAGUGAUGGCAUCCAUCGGGUCACCUACUCGCUUCGCCAUGCCAACCGCACUGUGGCGGGGGUCCAGGACCGCGUGUGGGACACGGCAGCGGCCCUGAACCGCACAGCGGAGCCCAGCCUACAGAGCCUGGAGCGGCAACUGGCUGGCCGGCCAGAGCCCCUCCGGGCUGUCCAGCGGCUGCAGGGCCUGCUCGAGACACUGCUGAGCUACACAGCUGCCAUCCCCUUUUGGAGGAAUCCUGCCGUGUCGCUGGAGGUGCUAGCAGAGCAGGUCGAUCUCUACGACUGGUACAGAUGGCUGGGCUACCUGGGCCUGCUGCUUCUGGAUGUCAUCAUCUGCCUCCUGGUGCUGGUCGGCCUCAUCCGCAGCUCCAAGGGCAUCCUGGUCGGGGUCUGCCUGCUGGGGGUCCUGGCCCUGGUCAUCAGCUGGGGCGCACUGGGCUUGGAGCUGGCUGCAUCCGUGGGUUCCAGUGACUUCUGUGUGGACCCAGACACCUAUGUGACCAAGAUGGUGGAGGAGCACUCAGUGCUGAGCGGAGACAUCCUGCAGUACUACCUGGCCUGCUCACCCCAUGCCGCCAACCCCUUCCAGCAGAAGCUGUCGGGCAGCCACAAGGCGCUGGUGGAGAUGCACGAUGUCGUGACUGAGCUCCUGAGGAGUGUCCCGCGGGAGCAGCCCACCACCAAGGAUCCCCUGCUCCGUGUCCAGGAGGUGCUGAAUGGCACGGAGGUGAAUCUGCAGCACCUUACUGCCCUGGUGGACUGCCGCAGCCUACACCUGGACUACGUCCAGGCGCUGACAGGCUUCUGCUACGAUGGCGUCGAGGGGCUCAUCUACCUGGCCCUCUUCUCCUUCGUCACUGCCCUCAUGUUCAGCUCCAUUGUCUGCAGCGUCCCACAUACCUGGCAGCAGAAAAGAGGUCCUGACGAGGAUGGGGAGGAGGAAACUGCCCCGGGGCCACGGCAGGCACACGACAGCCUCUACCGUGUCCACAUGCCCAGCCUAUACAGCUGCGGUAGCAGCUACGGCAGUGAGACCAGCAUCCCGGCCGCGGCCCACACCGUCAGCAACGCCCCGGUCACUGAGUACAUGAGCCAGAAUGCCAAUUUCCAGAAUCCCCGCUGUGAGAACACACCCCUCAUUGGGCGCGAGUCCCCGCCACCCUCAUACACCUCCAGCAUGAGAGCCAAAUACCUCGCCACGAGCCAGCCUCGCCCCGACUCCAGCGGCACGCCCCGCCCCGCCUCCAGCGGCAGCGGGCACUAGACACGCUCCGGCCAGCACCUGCCCACGUGCCAACCGCCCCACCCCUCCCCGUGCCAGCACUGCCGCUUAAACCCCGAGGUCGCCCACCGGACCCUCUGCACAUCAAGCCAGGCCCCAUUUGGGCACUUCUGCAGGCCACCUGCUCCUUCCCGUCCCCUCCUAGCAGGGGACACCGAGAUGCCCUGCACAAGGCCCAGGCCUGGCUGAGAAGCAGGGGCUCUGCUCUGGCUGCAUCCCCAACUCGGGUCACACAUCUGGACAGACACAUGGGAAUGCUGCCACCAGUCACCUGGAUUUGCUGAGUCCUGCUUUGGACCAGGAGCUUCUGUCCCCUCGUGCUCCCUCUGCAGAUGGCCUUGGCCGCACGCUGACCCUCCGGACUGGCUGCUGCACCCUGGCUCUCUCCUGACCUGUGCUGUCCCCCAGUCCUCUCCUUCCCUCCACAGUUCUGACACCCACCCUCGAUGCUUCUGUGGAUACUUCUUGGUUUGCAGGCACGUCAGAAGUCCUCUGUGCCAGAACCCACUGGCCAGUGAGGGUCAGGGAUCUGCAUCCAUCUGCUCAUCCCACAGAUCCUCCCAUGGCCCUUCCACACUCCCAUCUCUCUGUAGUGUCCACAGCAUGAGCCUUCUGCCCACAGGGCCCACCUGACCAUGGCCUGCCCCUCCCCUGGCCGCCAGAAGACUCCUCUGGGAAGGGCCCCUUCCUCAGCCUCGUG